UUCUCUUGCUAUAUUAUCUGUGUUCAUGCAAGCCUGUGAGCUUUAUAAUAAAACGUGAAUACAACUGUACUCUGAAAUCAUUUAAAAAUGUGUGGGUCUAGAAAAAUUGUAAAUUAUUUCAUGUUACUUUUUUACAGUGUUUUAACGAAAACCUGAUUUUUUAAUACCCGGUUAAACUGGGUUAAUAUAAUGAGGAUGUCCUUGGGCGUGCCUGGUUUGCAGGCAGAUGUGCAGGGGUCAAACAUUGCUCCACUCCAAAUAACUUUAGUUAGGAUUGAUGGAUAAUAAUGAAACCUUGUGUAGCUUAUGAGAAGAGCUAGCUUAGGAUUACCAUAGAGGGGGUUUAGGUCAAGGCCAAGAUUACUAAAAAUAGAAAAAAAAAUGUUUUCCCUUUCUUAAGUUAGGAUUGAUGGAUAGUGAAUAAACUUGGUGUGUGGGUAACCUAUGUGAAGAGCUAGCUUGGGAUUGCUCUUUACAGGUUGGAGUAAAGGUCACUGUUACUAAUCAAGGGUGGAAAGGCUUUCGGCCUGCAACGUUUUGCGAGCAUAGUCAUGUAAUUUGUAAAACUCAUUAGCAUCUAAAGAUAGUUUAUGCAUGCUCAUAAAUUUCAUAUAUACACAAACUAUUACACAUUCUUAUAGAUUAAACCGAUGAUCCAGAUUCGUUUUUCAGCCGAUAACGUUAACAAAGAUACUGUAUUGAUGAUUUAAAAAAAAAAAAAUUAAUUAGAAAAUGCUGAAUAAUAAAUUUGAUGUUUUUUUCUGGGAAAUUGUAGUUUCAUAUUUUCUUCAAAAUAGAUACAAUGAAAAGUAUAAAAACACAUGAUUUUAUAUUUUCUCUUAACAAAUCUUUGUAAGGAUGACCCUUAAGGCAAAUGUAGGUCACAGUAGGGGAUAGUGAGGGGUCAGAUUUGAAAAUAUUAUUGAAAUACAUAUUUUAUGUAGGCUAUUGGUUUUACCGUGUCCCGGACAAGUGCAUGAGUUGGCCGGCUGGGAAAGGCACUCGAUGUCAGGAAAUUUCGACAUGAGGGGCCGGCGGGUAUCGUACCCAAAGGAACACAGUGUUGCCACAGCGGAGGAACUCGUGAAGACCUAUGGCGGAAGCAAAAGCACAGUUAUCAAAAAAGUUCUCAUUGCCAACAACGGUAUAGCAGCGGUCAAGUGUAUCCGCUCUGUGCGUCGCUGGGCGUAUGAAAUGUUCCGGUCAGAGAGGGCCAUUAGAUUUGUUGUCAUGGUUACACCGGAAGAUCUCAAGGCUAAUGCAGAGUACAUUCGCAUGGCCGACCAGUAUGUGCCAGUGCCCGGUGGGACUAACAACAACAACUACGCUAAUGUUGAGCUGAUCCUUGACAUUGCCAAGCGUACCCAGGUACAAGCUGUGUGGGCCGGCUGGGGACAUGCCUCCGAGAACCCAAAACUGCCCGAACUGCUACAUAAGAAUGGCAUUGUGUUCAUAGGUCCACCCGAGGGUGCAAUGUGGGCGCUUGGGGAUAAGAUAGCAUCAUCCAUCCUAGCCCAGACAGCAGGUGUACCCACGCUGCCCUGGAGUGGCUCUGGGCUCAAGAUACCUUGGAAUGAGGGGGAGCAAGGCAAGGGUGGCAAAUCUGCCACUGUCGGCCAGGACUUGUACAAGAAAGGAUGUACUGUUGAUGCGGAAGCAGGCUUGAAGGUUGCCAAGGAAAUCGGUUUUCCAGUGAUGAUCAAGGCCAGUGAGGGUGGUGGGGGCAAGGGCAUCAGGAAGGUCGACAACCCUGGGGACUUCCCUAACCUCUUCAGACAGGUCCAAACUGAAGUACCAGGUUCACCAAUCUUUGUGAUGAAGAUGGCCCAGGCUGCACGCCAUCUGGAGGUUCAGCUGUUGGCUGACAACUAUGGUAACGCCAUCUCACUAUUUGGUCGUGACUGCUCCAUACAGCGACGACACCAGAAGAUCAUUGAGGAGGCCCCCACCACUAUAGCUCCCAGCGAUACCUUUAAGAAAAUGGAAGAGGCUGCUGUGAAGCUAGCUAAGAUGGUUGGUUACGUGAGUGCAGGAACGGUUGAGUAUCUGUACAAUGCAGAUGACGGCACAUUCUACUUCCUGGAGCUGAACCCCAGACUCCAGGUGGAACACCCGUGUACAGAGAUGGUGGCCGACAUCAACCUGCCCGCUCUCCAGCUCCAGAUUGCCAUGGGCCUGCCCCUGUAUUGUAUGAAGGACAUCCGAUGUCUGUACAGUGAAAACCCCUUUGGAAGCAAGGCCAUCAAUUUCGAGCGCCCAGCAAGAAUGCCCCGCCCUAAAGGUCAUGUGAUUGCUGCUAGGAUCACCAGUGAAAACCCAGAUGAGGGAUUCAAGCCAAGUUCAGGUACGGUUCAGGAGUUGAAUUUCCGCAGCAGUAAGAACGUGUGGGGCUACUUCAGCGUGACAGCAUCCGGGGGCCUGCAUGAGUUUGCUGACUCCCAGUUUGGUCACUGCUUCUCCUGGGGCGAAGACAGGGAGGAUGCUAGAGAGAACAUGGUAAUAGCAUUAAAAGAGCUCUCCAUCCGUGGAGAUUUCCGGACCACUGUGGAAUACCUGACGAAGCUCAUGGAGACAGAAGAAUUCCAGAACAACAAGAUUACAACUGUGUGGCUGGACAGACUCAUCGCUGAGAAGGUUCAGGCCGAGAAGCCCAAUAUCAUGUUGAGUGUGAUCUGUGGAGCGCUGCACGUGGCCGACAACAAGGUUCAGCAGGCCUUUACAGACUUCCAGGCCGCGCUGAAGAAAGGCCAGGUGCUUCCUGCCAACUUGCUGAAGAAUGUGGUCAACAUGGAGUUCAUCCAUGAAGGAAUAAGAUAUACACUGCAGGUGGUAAAGAUUGGCCCUAUCCGGUACUUUGUGUCAAUGAACGAUUCAACAGUGGAGUUAGAAGCCCAUCGCCUGAGUGAUGGGGGCCUUCUGUUGUCCAUUGAUGGGUCAAGCUACACCACAUACAUGAAGGAGCAGGUUAGCAGCUACCGUAUCACCAUCGACAACCAGACCUGUGUACUGCAGAAGGAGAAUGACCCCACUGUCCUGAGGUCACCCUCAGCUGGUAAGUUGAUCAACUAUGCCAUGGAGGAUGGGGGCCACGUGUAUGCCGGUGACGUGUAUGCCGAGAUUGAGGUCAUGAAGAUGGUGAUGGAGCUUCGGGUCACUGAGAAUGGAUGUAUCCAAUAUGUGAAGAGGCCCGGGGCAGUGUUGGACUCAGGUGGUAUUGUGGCAAACCUGGUCCUGGAUGAUCCCACCAGGGUUGUUCAGGCCAAGCCAUGCAUAGACAAGCUUCCCCACUUGGAGAACCCACCAGCCCAUGGUAUGAAGCUUCACCAGAUCUACCAGCGGAAUGCAGAGGAGCUGGAACAGAUCCUGGCUGGCUAUGUUUUAUCUGAGCCGUAUUUCUCUGCCAAACUCAAGGCUACCGUGGAGAGUCUGCUCCGCUGUCUGAAAGAUCCCAGGCUUCCAUUGCUGGAGCUGCAGGAGCUGAUAUCAGUUACAUCUGGCCGUAUCCCACCAAGAGUUGAAAAGGCCAUCCGCAAGCUCAUGAUCACCUACGAGAACAACCUGACAUCCGUUCUCAGUCAGUUUCCGAGCCAGCAGAUUGCCAACAUUAUAGACGGACAUGCUGCCACGCUGACCAGGCGGGCAGAGAGGGAUGCUUUCUUCAUGAACACACAGGGCAUUGUGGAGCUAAUACAAAGGUACAGGAAUGGUAUACGAGGCCACACCAAGUCCAUCAUCCAGGACCUCCUCCGACAGUACCUCAAGGUGGAAAUGCAGUUCCAACAAGGGAGCUUGGACAAGUGUAUCACAGAGCUGAUGGAGCGAAACAAGGACGACAUGGCAGUCGUCACAGGAACCAUCUUCUCCAGCCUUGCUGUACACCAGAAAAACGCUGUCGUCAUUCUCCUCAUUGAGCAGCUGUGCGGAGGUGAUAUGAACCUGACGGAUGAUCUCGCCUCCAUUCUUGGUGAGCUAACAAAGCUAAACCGUAGCCUCAAUGCAAAAGUCGCGCUGAAAUCCCGCCAGGUGCUCAUACAGGCCCACCAGCCCCCGUACGAGCUCAGACACAACCAGAUGGAGAACAUCUUCCUCUCCGCUGUUGACAUGUAUGGACAUGAUUUCUGUCCCGAAAGUCUUCAGAAACUGAUCUACUCGGAGUCUGCCAUCUAUGAUGUGCUGCAAGAGUUCUUCUUCCACAACAACACUCUAGUCAGAGUUGCAGCCCUUGAGGUGUAUAUCCGGAGGGCAUACAUAGCGUAUGAUCUGAACUGCCUGGUCCACAAGGAGCUCCAGGAGGGUAUUUGUAUUGUGGAGUUCAGAUUCACCUUGCCUCGAUCUCACCCCAACAGGAUGAUGGUGUUGCGUAUGGAUACUCGAGUGCCAAGCCUGUCAAGUGUGGACAGUAGUGGUCAGAGCCUGAACCAUUAUGAUGGGGAUAACUCGCACAUUGACCAACUAGACGAACUCCCCAUUGCACAGAGGAUGGGUGUCAUGGCUGCCUUCAAGUCAUUUGAUGAGUUUACCAAUCACUUUGAGACGAUAAUGGACGUGUUUGUAAUGGAAAGCCUGCCCAGCAGUCCUAUAGAACUUGAAGAUGGGAUGAGCUUUGAGUCUGGGAAAGAGGACACCAUCUCCGUACAGAGUGUCCAGAGUGUGUCCGACUCUGUGGUGGAGAACGAACCUAUCCACAUCAUCAAUGUGGCCAUACAAACCACGGCAACCAUGGAUGACGAGACCCUCGGUCAGCAGUUCCAGGCUUUCUGCAAGGAAAAGAAUUAUACCAUGGCUGAGAGAGGGAUAAGACGAAUAACAUUUGUGGUGCUUAGAAAGAAACUACUUCCAAAAUAUUUCACCUUCAGAGCUAAAUUCGAGUUUAACGAAGAUAGGAUCUACCGUCACCUGGAGCCCGGCCUGGCAUUCCAGCUGGAGAUUAACCGCUUGCGGAACUACGAGCUGGAAGCCAUCCCCACCGCAAACUACCGCAUGCACGUGUACCUGGGCAAGGCUAAGCAAGUGGCUAAGGGUAUGGAUGUGACCGACUACCGGCUGUUCGUGCGAUGCAUCAUCCGCCACUCGGACCUGAUAUCGAAGGAAGCGUCGUACGAGUAUCUGCACAAUGAAGGGGAGAAAACACUGAUGGAAGCUAUGGACUCCCUGGAAGUGGCCUUCAGCCAUUCAAUGUCUUUCAAAACUGAUUGUAAUCACAUCUUCCUGAACUUCGUGCCAACACUGACACUCACAGAUCCUGGUCGGCUGGAGGAAACCGUAUACAACAUGGUGAUGCGGUACGGCCCGCGGCUGCUUAAGCUCCGCGUUCUUAGUGCUGAACUUAAGUUCUCGAUCAGGGUUGGAGGUCAGACAUUCCCUAUCAGGUUCUACCUGACCAACGAGAGUGGCUACUAUCUGAACAUCAGUCUGUACAGGGAAGUUGCAGAAGAGCACUCAGGACUUAUAAUGCUGCAGUCCUACGGUUCUCGGAAGGGCCCGUUGGAUGGCCUGCUGGUGGCCACUCCAUAUGUCACCAAGGAUCACCUCCAAUCGAAGAGAUCUCAGGCCCAGGCCAAUGGCACUACCUACGUGUAUGACUUUCCUGAGAUGUUUAAACAGGCGUUGAGAAAGUUGUGGCAUUCCCACAUAGAGAGGUAUGGUCUACGAGAGGAAAGUAUCCCCACUGACCUUAUUACAUGUCGGGAGCUGGUACUGGAUAAGAACGGACAUAUUCACAUACAGAACAGGCUGCCAGGAGAAAAUGAGAUAGGCAUGGUUGCAUGGAACAUGAAGUUAAGAACCCCAGAAUUCCCUGAAGGUCGGGACAUGAUUGUAAUAGCAAAUGACAUCACCUUCAAGAUUGGAUCAUUUGGCUACCAGGAGGACGUAUUGUUUAAGAAAGCUUCAGAGCUGGCGCGAAGUAAGGGCCUGCCACGUGUUUACCUCUCGGCCAACAGUGGGGCGAGGAUCGGGCUUGCAGAGGAGGUCAAGCACCUGUUUCGAGUAGCCUGGCAUGACCCUAGCGACCCUGACAAGGGCUUCAAGUACCUGUACCUGCGUCCAGACGACUUCAAGAAGCUGUCAGCGUACAAUUCUGUGAGGGCGACAUUGAUAGAGGACCAGGGCGAGUCCAGAUACAAGAUCACCGACAUUAUAGGGAAAGAGGAGGGUCUUGGAGUGGAGAACCUGCGAGGAUCAGGAAUGAUAGCCGGGGAAUCUUCACAAGCCUACACAGACAUUGUUACAAUCAACCUGGUGACAUGUCGAGCAAUAGGUAUCGGGGCUUACCUGGUGAGACUGGGACAGAGGAUCGUACAAGUAGAGAACUCUCACAUCAUCCUCACUGGCGCUGGAGCACUCAACAAGGUGUUGGGUCGCGAGGUGUACACGAGCAACAACCAGCUGGGUGGAAUCCAGAUCAUGCACAACAACGGCGUGUCUCAUGCCACGGCACAGGACGACCUUGAGGGGGUGUUCAAGAUCCUCCAGAUACUCGCAUAUGUUCCCUCUCACCAUGGCGGUCCACUGCCUGUGCUCCCAGUGCUGGACCCAGUGGAGCGUGAUGUGGACUUCCUGCCCACCAAGGCCCCAUAUGACCCUCGCUGGAUGCUGGCAGGCAGGCAACACCCUGAGCGAAGCCGGGAGUGGCAGAGCGGGUUCUUUGACAAGGACUCCUUCCAGGAGAUCCUGCAGCCCUGGGCUCAGACAGUGGUUGUCGGGCGUGCCAGGCUGGGGGGCCUGCCCAUGGGCGUUGUUGCCGUGGAAACCAGGACUGUAGAACUAGCCAUUCCCGCGGAUCCUGCAAACUCUGACUCUGAGGCUAAGGUGAUCCAGCAGGCCGGCCAGGUGUGGUUCCCAGACUCGGCCUUCAAGACCGCCCAGGCCAUCAUGGACUUUAACAGAGAGGAGCUGCCUCUCAUCAUCUUCGCCAACUGGAGGGGGUUCUCUGGAGGAAUGAAAGAUAUGUACGACCAGGUGCUGAAGUUUGGUGCAUAUAUCGUUGACGCCUUGCGGACAUACAACCAGCCCAUCAUGAUCUACAUCCCGCCUCACGGGGAGCUGAGGGGUGGGGCCUGGGUGGUGGUUGACCCGACCAUCAACCCCACAAAUAUGGAAAUGUUUGCUGACCAGCUGAGCAGGGGAGGGGUAUUGGAGGCCGAAGGAACAGUGGAGAUCAAGUUCCGUAAGCGUGACCUGCUUAAGACAAUGAGACGUGUGGACCAGAAAUUUAAACAGCUAACAGAGAAACUUGCCAACACAAACAUCACGCUGGAUGAGAAAAAACAGCUAGAGGCGGAACUCAAGACGCGGGAGGAGACACUUUUGCCUAUGUAUCACCAGGUGGCUGUGUGCUUUGCAGACCUGCAUGACACCCCAGGACGCAUGGAGGAAGUCGGUGUUAUCUCCGGUGUCUUGGAGUGGAACCGUAGUCGGGAGUUCUUUUACUGGCGUAUGCGGCGUCGCCUGCUCGAGUCCCAGAUUAAGAAAAAGAUGAGGCCAUUCACCGCAGACAAAACUGAUGGGGAACUCAACUCGAUGCUCUCAAGAUGGUUCGUCGAGGACAAGGGAACUGUCAAUGCCUACCAGUGGGAGGAAGACAAGGCAGUGGUGGAGUGGCUAGAGAUUCAGAUCUCCGACACCCCCGGCAGAAAGUCGCUCGUACAGGACAACAUGGGCUGUCUCCGCAGAGACCACAUGCUUCUACAAGUCAGGGGAUUGCUGGAGAAAAACCCUGACGUUGCCAUGGAGUCAGUUGUUCAGCUAGCUCAGCUGUUGACCCCAGCCCAGAGGGCAGAGAUCACCCGUGUGCUCGCCUCCCUUGAUACCUGAGAUGCCAGUUUUAGCUGUAAUAGAUACACAAGGUGUUUUUACAUGAGGGACCUGGGCCAUGAAUUUACAAUCACUACCCCACAGUUCAAGGAGAUCAGCAGUGUUCAAUAGUAUAGACGCUUUUCCUAAUCCGUGCCAUGAAAUCCAGGGUCCAAUUUGUAAGAUUGACAAACAAAGGUUUUUCCCAUAUGCGCUAAGGGUAUAAGUAUAAUGAGUAGAUACUUUGCAAGUGUCAGAAAUACAAGUUCAAACAACAGUGCCACAAUAAAAGGAGACAAUGUUCAGUAACUUGUGUUUCACACCAUAGACAUUACAGUCAUACAGUUAUAUUGAAAUCUGAUGUAUUUGUUGAGGAAAUCCUGGAAGUGAAUUCCAACUGUAUCGAAAUGAGUCAGUUUUUAUACACAAUCACAGAUCAAAAGUCAUAAAUGAGUUGUGUUCUGGUAUUCAUAUACAUGUAUCAUCGCGUAAUAAUAUAUUUUGUAUACGUAAUUUUUGUAUUUCAAAAAGAUUUUCAUCAAAAUCUGCCUGUAUAUUGAGUACACAUUAUGUAAUAUAAUUGGAAUCUUUACAUAAAUGUAACUGAUUAACAUACAUGUAUCAGAAUGUUUUAUUUUUCUGUUUUAUCUUGAUAUUUGAUCAUGUUUUGGGCUGCUUUAACUACUCGUACAUUUCAAAGGUGCAGAAUUCUUCCUAAUGGAGUGACUCUUACAGGGUAUUGUCAAGAGCUAGUCUUAUGGGUAUCAUGGGCUCAUAGAAUCAUGAUACAAAUGUAUUGUGUAACAAUAAGUACACAUUCUGGCAUAUGUUAAAAAAAAAAAUCAAAGAAAAAUCAAUGUUUGUGGCUAAAACAAAAAGUCUCUAGUGCAUUUUCAUUUUGGCCCUUGCCAGGGUUUAUUUUUGUAUUUUUGACAGCUGGGCAUGUCCCUGUAGUUUUCAUUGCUUUAUAUUGAUAGUGUGUAUUUGAUUUUAAUGUAUUUCUAAUUGUUAACUGUGUUGGGGUUCAUAUUCCAUAUUUAUAUUUGAUGACCAUAGUUAUACAUAAUACUGUUCUUCCAUUUACAAUGUAUUUAUUUUGACUGUUUUAACAAAGUGUUCAAUUUUCAUGCCAGAAUCACCUUUUUGUAGUAAUCCGGUCACUCAUGUGACUGGUCAAGUCUGUGUAUUGACUGUGUUUUAUUUGAAGCAAAAUGAAUCAAACUUACAUGUGUAUAUAAAUCUACAAAAAACAUGAAUUUUAUAUCAUUUUAAAUCCACUACUUGACACAGGGUCAGCAUUUUACAAAGUGAAAAAUGUUCUGUCAUUACUCAUGUUAUAAUGGAUUUUCAUUUUCAGUGUGAAGGGCUAUCCUGGAUGUAUUGGGAACUUGAGUUGUUUUGGUAACAUUUGAAAGGGUUUGAUGUGAAGAGAAAGAGUAUGUAAAAAACAAAUUUACAAAACAUACCAGCUUUUUAAGCCUUGAAAGAUUGCCCAAUGGGUCAUUUCACGUCGGAUUUCUGCUGAAAUAAUGAACAAAUACACACACUCUCUAGGGUUAAAAACCAAGAAGCAAUGCCAAUUCAAAUGAUAUUAAAAUUACAUGGAGACAUCAGGCAUUUAAAUUAUGCAUUAAAUUAAGGAUCGCCAAGGACUCGAUAAAAUAAUGAGCUUUAUUGUACAUCCAAUACCUUGAAUGUUUUAAAAUUAUUUCCUUCAAAUGAUUAAUAAUUAGUAAUCAAUUUUUUACAUAUCUAUUUUAAAAGAUUCUAAAAAGUUAACUGUUUUUGGGGGUUAUUGUUUUAUUUGUUGUUUGUAUUGACAUUCGAGUUUGCUUCAAAUUUAAAUCCAAGAGACCCCUAAAAUAGUCUUCUAAUAAGGCAGUUUUGCUUCUGCGACAGGGUGCUUCUCCCAGUGGGAGGCCUUCAGUGGCCCGUCGCUGAAUUGUGUUAAUCCCUUGAGCUGCUAGGUCAAGUGCAUUCCUAUUACUGGGAAGGCAAGUGCAUUUACCAUUUGCUUAAUGAAUGACUGUUAUCCAAUCUUUAGUAACAACUUGAAUGAACUGUAGUUGUAACUUACAUGCCUGUUUAUACUAGUGAUUUGUUAUAGUAUUUCUAUUACUGAUUAUUCUUGUUAAUUUUGUUAUUGAUAUUUUAGGGAUUAAUAUUAUAUUUAUUUUACAUUAUUUUUUUGUGAAUUGUAGCUCAGUAUGAACUUGUGUUCAGUGAUUAUUUAUCUUUGGUAGAAUUGAAAGUUAGGGAACAGGGACAUGGGUCAAUUUGGUCCAGUCACCAUUUCGGCCCGGGUCUAAUUCAGCCCACAUGUACUUAAUUGUUUUGUUUUAUUGAAAAAAUUGUGUAAGUUAUUUAAAAAAACUUUCUUCAAAACAAAUAUCAUGCAAAAAAUAAACAAAGAAAGACUGAAAAGGACCAAGCCAAAUUCAGUUGGCUGAAUUGGACCAGGCCGAAAUGAUCACGAAUAUCACAUAAUUACAAAUGUAUAGACAUUUAUUUUUCUGUAGUUUUUUUUCACUAUUUUCUAUUUAUUUACAGUUGGUUUGCAUGUUUUUUACACUAUACAACUGUGAUAUUGUCCGUCAGGUUAUCCCACUGUUACGUCAUAUACAUGUACAUUAAUCAAGAAAAUGUCUCAUCCUGCAAAAGGCCAUAAUAACUAGUGUUUAAGUGCUAUUCAUGAUUCAAUGACACAUUGACUUGUAAUCUAGAAUUAUAAAGUGUGUAACUUUUGUAACAGACCUUCUUGGUGCAACCACGGACCUAUGGUUUAUACAUGCACAUCUAGGUUCGUAGUGCAAGGUGCUUGGCCAAACGUUCUUAUAGACACUUGUGCUCCUAUAUAUGUAUGACAUAUAAUGUGAUGUAUAAUUUCGUAAAUAAACUUCACGUACAUGUAUUGUGGUUCCAGCUUAUCAAAUUCUAAAAAGAAAUGAUGAUAUGACGUAUUUGUAAUUUCAUAAUAAAUGAUUCACAACUUG